AUGGCAGUUCUGUCACAUCCGAUCGCGUCUAUCAAGCGCUCGGCUACCGGGAUUUUACAGACGAUAUUUACCCUCGCCGUCAUCACCAUCUUCGUCGUCUGCUUUCUAGUAGAGGACGAAGCGAUUGUUCUUCCGCAAUGGGCCAAAGCAUGGAACGGCGUUCCGUCUGAUACCCGAGAAGUCUACGCCGCUGUUUUGAUUCCCGUGGUAAUCAUCUUGGCCGUUCUCUUCUUUUUGGCCGGCUUUGCUCUCAUGAUGAGAGAGCGGAGGGAGAACAGGACGAGUCUGGGAUCUGCGGUUUAG